UCCUUCACCAACCUCUCACCAAACUCUAGUUCGUGCAAUCCAAUUCCACCGGGCUUAGUACAAGCUCACACGACCAAUGAUUCCUUCAACAACAACACCACCACCACCACCACCAUUAAUGGGACCACAACCUCUGCCUUAGACUAAAGUUUAAGCUACAACCCAAGGCUCGUACAACCCAAACCAACCACUUCACCAACCCCCCUCCCCUGACUCUCCUCGAUCUCCCUAAAUAACACCCCUGCCCUUUUCUCAUUCUCACAAUUCAGCUCCAUUCCAAGAACAAAAAAACCUCUCUUCCCAACAAAAAUGGCCAACAAUGGAGAAGGAGAGCAAACCCAAGUCAGCAGACACCAAGAGGUCGGCCACAAGAGCCUUCUCCAAAGCGAUGCUCUGUUCCAGUAUAUCCUGGAGACUAGUGUCUACCCAAGAGAGCCCGAGUGCAUGAAGGAGCUCAGGGAAGUGACAGCAAAGCAUCCAUGGAACAUCAUGACAACCUCAGCUGAUGAAGGUCAGUUCCUCAACAUGCUUAUCAAGCUCAUCAAUGCCAAGAACACCAUGGAGAUCGGUGUUUACACUGGCUACUCACUGCUAGCCACAGCUCUAGCUAUUCCUGAUGAUGGAAAGAUUCUGGCUAUGGAUAUCAACAGAGAGAACUACGAACUGGGUCUGCCUGUAAUUGAAAAAGCCGGCGUUGCUCACAAGAUCGAUUUCAGAGAAGGCCCAGCUCUUCCUGUUCUCGAUCAAAUGAUCGAAGAUGCAAAGUACCAUGGAAGCUUUGACUUUAUCUUCGUUGACGCUGAUAAGGACAACUACCUUAACUACCACAAGAGAUUGAUUGACCUGGUCAAGGUUGGGGGUGUGAUCGGCUACGACAACACUCUGUGGAACGGCUCUGUGGUGGCGCCACCCGACGCGCCACUCCGGAAGUACGUGAGGUACUACAGAGACUUUGUUAUUGAGCUCAACAAGGCACUCGCUGCUGACCCUAGGAUCGAGAUCUGUAUGCUUCCCGUUGGUGAUGGAAUCACUAUCUGCCGUCGGAUCAGCUAAGUCAUUUCAAAUGAAAAUUUGACGACCAAUCCAAUUAUAUAUCACAAGAAAAAAGUCAAUAAUUUUUUCUUUUCUUUUCUGAUUAUCUAAAUUUCUUCUUCUUCUUCGCAAUGUGUUUUUCAUUUUACACAAUAUGUGUUUGUCUAUAAAUUUGUAUUUGGCUAUUGGCCUUAAAAAAAGAAGGUUCAAUGA